CUCAUCAAACCACCAAUAGGAAUAUCAAGUAUCUCAAUAUCCCAUUGAGGAUAUGGAAGAUAGUUUUGAGACCGAAAUCCACCAAGUGGUUCGGCGAUAUAGCCUUGCUGUCGCAGAAGAGACGCCCAGCAAUACUUUGAGUCAGGGGCUGGGUGCCACCGCGCAGCGUCAAGUGGCAAAGGAGUGUCAGCAACGGGAGGAUUUUGACAGUUGGGUGCAGUGGUUGCGGCCCCAAGGACGGUCCAGCAGUGAUCCAGCACUGCUCCGCUUAGAGAACCACAAAGUACGAGUGGUCGAAAAGUGGAAAGAGCUUCACUCAAGCUCAAGUCUCCAUGAUGAAGAAAUCUUGAGAGAUAUACCCAGCAUCCCCAAACUAUUGGAAGCUGUUCAGACAGCAGAGACGACAUGGGCCAAAAAGAAGGAAUCAAAAUCCGGAAAGACUAAAUCUGCCGUGGAAAGCUUUCUUGACACCAUGAACGAUUAUUCCUACCUGUUCAGCAUCAUUCCUAAUGGUGACAAGUACACCAGUCUAAUCACCGGGGUCAUUACAUCUGUGGUUAAAGCAUCUGUUAAUCACAAAACUCAGGCUGAGAAAUUUUCGGAGGCCCUAGAAGAUAUUACGAAAGACCUUGAGACUAUCGACAAGAGUAUCAGAAUUUCCAACUCCCCACAGAUGAAGAACUCUGUCGUGGGUCUCUACGUAGCCGUGUUUGAUUUUCUCUGCGAUGCUAUCGAUUGGUAUAGCAAUAAAUCACGCCGGUUUAGGAACGCCUUUAACAAGAACUCGGCUGCUGAUAUUGACAAGAUCGUUGGGUCUGUAAAGAAAGCGGUCGAACGAAUUAGGCUCGAGGCGGAUCAAGUUACGCAGGAUAGAGUUCAAGAUAUCCAACAAGGAGUGAGCAGUGUCCAGCUGAUUACAACACAGACCGAACGAGGAGUGGUAGAGAUCAACCAAAGGAUGAAACUCUUACGUGAAGAGGUACUAGCGGACAAUACCGGUAGGCAGGAGGAUAGGGAGGUGGGACGUGACACUAAUAAAUUACUACAUGAGCUUAGAGAUCUGGUGUUCUUAGCGUUAGGCGACAAUGCUACGAGCUCACUUCUCGCCACGGGUCAAGCCACCAAAUACCAGCAGAAAGUUACUACCAAAGCUCUAGCAAUAGAAAGAGGAGAGAUUCUAUCAGAUCGGCAGAUAUCCAUUGUUGGAAAUGAUCUAGCUACUAUAUCAGAAGACCGACUCGAAGUCUGUUACUCAUAUACUAAAGACGAGAUCCAAGAAAGCACGGCACCUUACCUGGACACCUUCCUCCAGGAUGGGAGGUCACAGGUCUUGACAGCCACUAGCACCAUUUCUAGGUCUUUUCUUCCUGCAGAGGUGACACAGAGGAUUGGCAACUGGAUUGGAGAUCCGUCUUCAAAGUUCCUCUGGAUCUGGGGCCCAGUCUAUGUUGCGGCAGAACGGCAGCUCUCACUUGCCGCCGCGAGGAUAUACGACUCAGCUUUGAGCGCCCGCAAUCCCGUACCAUGCGUAUCAUUUACGCCUACGUCUGGUUACAUUCCCCAACAGUCGUUAAAUUCCACGCUGGUGUCAGCCAUGUCGAAGCAGGAAGAGGUACUAAUUUCUCUAUUGUACUGCAUCGCCGGCCAACUCAUACGCCUUCUACCUGAUACAAUCGACUCGGCAACAGAGGAGUUUGAUACACAGGUCUUUAAGAGCCUAGACGGUAGUUUAACCAGCGCAUCUGUAGCUCUGGAUUUGAUACGCUCUUUACUAGCUUACAGCCCACCGAUUCUCAUCGUCAUCAUUGACAAACUCCAGCUAGCCGAGUGCUCCAGCACCGUGCCGUAUCUAGAGCGCUUCGUCGAGAUUCUGAGGAACCGCGCCCCAAGCCAGAUUAUCAAAGUCCUAUUUAUAACAGGCGGCAUUUCCAUGGUUCUCGCCAGAUCCAUGGAUAAUGUAACCGAAAAGGUGGAUGCGGGACGAAUGGUCCAGGCCAAGCCGGGUCAACCGCUCAGAGGGUGGUCAAGCUUGAAUAAUUUCCACUUACCAUAUCAGCCUCGUGAAAGCGGGGGAGGAUUGUAA